AUCUCAUCAGCAACAGAAAAGAAAAGAAAACUAACAUGUUACUACAGACAGCUAUCAAGUUCCCACUUACAUAUAUCUUUCUCCUUUCUUGCUCUUAUCUCUUUUGUACAAGAAUCCAAGUUCUGAUCAGCCAAAAGUCAUCUACAGAGUAAAACAUCAUCAGGAUCUGCAUCACUUCAGUUCUCAAACUCUUCUGAAUAAGGACUUCACUGGAUUUGCUUGAGUUGAUCACGGAGAAAGGACUAGUUGGAUUUGCUUUUGAGAUUUUAAUUUCUGCCUGCGGAAGAACAUUUUGAUUUUAUAUAUACAGUAGGGUGGAUUGGAGGGAGGAAUAUGUCGUUGGUAAAGGGUGAACAUCAAACUAUCCCACUCUCUUUGCUCCUUAAGCGGGAAGUGGCUAGUGAAAAAAUUGAAAAGCCGGAAGUCUUGUAUGGCCAGGCUAACCACAGCAAGAAAGGCGAGGACUUUACACUAAUCAAGACAGAAUGUCAACGUAUAUUAGGAGAUGAUGUUACCACAUAUCAUGUCUUUGGGCUGUUUGAUGGUCACAAUGGAUCUGCAGCUGCUAUAUACACCAAGGAAAAUCUCUUAAAUAACGUUUUGGGUGCUAUACCACCAAAUCUAAAUAGGGACGAAUGGAUUUCAGCAUUACCACGGGCAUUGGUUGCAGGUUUUGUGAAAACGGACAAGGACUUCCAAGGGAAAGCACAAACUUCAGGAACAACUGUAACCUUUGUAAUAAUUGAAGGAUGGAUAGUAACAGUAGCAUCAGUUGGUGAUUCUCGUUGCGUCCUUGAAUCUGCAGACGGGAAAAUUUACCAUCUGUCAGCUGAUCAUAGACUCGAAUGCAAUGAAGAAGAGAGGGCGCGUAUUACUGCAUGUGGUGCCGAGGUUGGUCGCCUUAAUACCGGUGGUGGUACACAAAUUGGUCCUCUGAGAUGUUGGCCUGGCGGGUUGUGCCUUUCACGGUCUAUUGGAGAUAUGGAUGUUGGCGAGUUCAUUGUUCCUGUGCCUUAUGUAAAACAAGUGAAGCUGUCCUCUUGUGGUGGUAGGCUCAUCAUAUCAAGUGAUGGGGUUUGGGAUGCUUUAACUGCUGAAUCGACUCUUCAGUGUAGUCGAGGAAUGCAACCAGAUGCUGCAGCUUCUCAGAUAGUGAAGGAAGCUGUAGGAGUGAGAGGACUUAAAGAUGAUACGACCUGCAUUGUGGUAGACUUGCAAGCUCCAGAAAAGAGUCCUUUGCCGCCACCAAGAAAACAGGGUAUUUCGGCUUUUAAAUCCAUGUUUCGAAGAAAGAGUUCCGAGUCACCUUUAGUCCUGGAGAAAGAUUACAAUGAACCAUAUGAGGUUGAGGAAUUAGUAGAGGAAGGAUCUGCAAUGCUUUCAGAAAGGUUUGAUACAAAAUACCCAAUCUGCAACAUGUUCAAGUUGUUCAUGUGUGUAGUCUGUCAAGUAGAGAUGAAACCGGGAGACGGUAUUUCCAUACAUGUAGAUCAAUUAAAUGCAAGAAACUUGCGGUCCUGGGAUGGUCCUUUUCUCUGCUCAAGUUGUCAAGUAAAGAAGGAAGCCAUGGAAGGGAGAAGACCUUCAGGACCUUUAAGAUCUAGAUCUGGAUACAGUAACCGUGAAUAUUAAUUGCCAACUUGAUUUAUAUGCAUGAAAAACGAAUUAAAAUUGGAAAGAGUUCAAUAUGAUAAGCGGAGAAUUUUGGAGCUAAUUAUGAAAGAGAAGGCGACAGACUCUGUUCUGUUUGGUUCAGAGGUUCACUUUUCAAUGAAGUUUUUAGGGUUACACGAGUCAUGACGAUCAUUGCCUUCUGCUCCAGUCACUAAUCUGCCCUUGUGCAGUUCAAAAGUUGAUCCUUACUUAUUUUACAAUGAUUCAUAUCAGAAGUUCAGCAACAAUGUGUGAUAGUGAACUUAACUGGUCCGAGUUUUGGUAGAUGAACCAAGUAAGCUUGAACUGCAAAACGCUUCAUAUUGAUAAAGUAGCAAGCAAGUUACAAGAACUUAAAGGUAAAAUUCUAUCUUCUACAGAUCUGACAGUUCAUGCAGCAGUAGCGGCAUUUCAUGUGACAUUAUUGUGGGGAACAUGUUUAGGACUCGCAAGGAUUCUCCCAUGAGGAACUUUUGUAGUUCUUUAUUUUUGUUCCUGAUUCAUUGUCUCUCUUCUUUAUGAUGUAAGGAAUUUAAUCUUUAGAGUAGAGAAUGCGUUUAUUUCAUUUUUCUUGGUUCAAAUUGUACAAAAGAGUGUCUGUCUUCAAUGGCCACAGCAUCUUUAUUAUUAGAAACAUCCCCUCCCCCACAAGAGCUUUUGUUAAUAAAUAGGACUCGGCCCCAA